AUUUUCAAUACAAUUUGUGAACAAUUACGUCAUAUUAAUACGAUAAAAUGAAUUCUUCGUUUGCAAUAGACGUCAUAGCCGCCAUGUUGGAAGAAUUUGACAUAAGAUUUUUCAAUGAAUUCUUUUGUUACAUCUUCCAACAUGGCGGACAUCCCUUUUGUUAUUGUGCUCUCUUGGGAUUGAUUGCAAACCAAGAAUACAAUAUUUAUUUGCAUUCAUUUGCCAUUGAAGUUAAGAGGUGAAUUAAUACAAUUAGAGUGUUACAAUGAAACACACACACACACAUAUAUAUAUAUAUAUAUAUUUGAUAACCUUGUAUAAUGCCUAGAACCUAAGGGACCGGUCACCUAUUAGAGGGGAGGGUGGGCUGGUGCUUUUUUAUUUCCCAUGACAUAUUUUUCUUGUGGCCCUGUUCUUUCAAAUGCAUAAAAUAACAUGGCCACCUAGGAAUGAGAACAUAAAAUAACAUGACCCAYCCCCAACUCAAUCAGACCCAAUGCAACCUGGGUCUGAGAGUAAUGAAACACGUCGAUUUCCUUCGCUAUCUUGCAUCUUCACCCCUGAUGAUAGGUCCAAGGUAGGGCGCUAAGUCUAACAUCCAUACACUUUCGGUUCUACCUACACAUGAGCUCAUCAUACAAACUUACAAGCAAAUUAUAUUUUGAUACAUCAUAUCAACACUUCCCCCUCCACUCGUGCCAUGGCCAUAUGCAGCAUAUUUCCCCUUUUUACCACAAUUGUAAAUUUUCUCGCGCACUGAUUGGUUAAAAAAUGUCGUAAAUAAGAGGCCAUACCAACAAAUGGCGUCAUGCAAGAUUUCGUGCAGUCUAUUUCCUAGAGUUUUGUGAGUUUUGUAGUAAAAAACAAAUUUACGAUGGUUUAGCGUGGUAUGUCCUCUUAUUUACCACGAUAUGACGCCAAACGUUGGUCAAAAUUAGUUAUGGACCCACUCAGCUUACGCCUCGUGAGUCCAUAACAUUUUGACCAACCACGCUAAACCAUCGUAAAUUUGUUAAAUUCCCUACGUUACCUUCAAAUUAAUCCUUACAAAUUUCAUAAUAUCCUAUAUCUCUUCCAAUCUACAAUACUCAUACAAACUGACUCCCAUCCAUACGCUCAUACUUUAUAAACACUCUUAAGCACUUCUUUUUUACCCACAGAAAACCCUUCCCUCUCUCCCCUUGCUUGUGUCCAAAUAACUUUGUUUUCUAUAGUAUUCUCGGAUUCACUUCCAAGAUUUUAUGCUUUAAAUUUGCUAUGAAAAUGUAAACUCUAUAUAAAACCUGAAAUAGUUGACUAAAAACACAUGACCCCCCAAAAAUGUUUGCAUAAUUUCAUGCAGCCGCUUAUUUUUGGUUGAAUAAAAAGAUAUGGCCCCCUCCCCAUUUGCACCAGCCCCUCCCCCCUCUAAUAAAUGACCGCUCCCUAAGUAACGCUAGGUAUUUUUGUUAGGUUCUAGCUAUUAAAUGCUUUAGAAUGAGUUUAAUUAACACAGUAAUUUAAGACUCCUUUUAACAGUUCCAUUCAGUGACCAUGAAUAAUAGUUCCAAGUCAAGGCUAGAACAGCCGCGCAUAGCAAAACUAUACUUUUUAUCAUGCGUCGCAACUCCAACCUUGGCUUGGAACUGAUAUUUGUGGUCAUUGAACGGGACUGUAAAAUGGAGUACUGAUGAGUCUGUACAUCUCAACGUUGAGGCUACUAAACAGUUUUUUUUAAAUUAUUAUUCUUUCUUGUCCACAUUCUACAAGGACCAAAAUUGCUAAAUUUUGUUUUUGUGUGUUGUGUUUUUGAGGUAUGGGGCAUACAAUGGACCAUGUUUUACUUUUUGUUGGGCUAAAACUUUACUGAGGGGCAAAGUUACUGAAUUCUGAUUGGUUUUAGUUACCUCCGCCUUCUCCAACAAUGAUGUCCCAAAAUGGUCGAUUUCUAGACCCACUGAUGAGUAUCCUAUGGCAACUAAUGUUUAUUGCAGGGGUCUUCAUUUAUGGAUCACACUCUAUAUUAAUCAAUCUGUGCAAAGUGGAUGGGAAGAUACCAUUUAAUUCUGCUUCAGUUGUACUUCUUAUAGAACUAGCUAAGCUUCUAUUUUCUCUAUUUUUCUUCAUCCCUGAAGCACUGGCUGGUAACAUCCACAGCCCAUCUGUUAAAACUGUCUUAGCAUUUUCAAUACCAGCUGUGUUGUACUGCAUUAAUAACAACAUUGUUGUUCAUGUUCAACUCUAUUUGGAUCCUGCAAGUUUCCAGGUACUCGGCAAUUUAAAAAUAGCAACUACUGCAGUGUUGUACUGGUUAAUAAUUAAAAGAAAAAUUUCAAGACAGAAAUGGAUUUCUUUAUUUUUAGUGACAUUAGCUGGGAUAUCAAACAGCUAUGGUGGUCUCCACCCUCACCAUGAAAUAAUAAAAGACAACAAACAACAAGUUGAAAAUAAAAUUUAUGUUACACUACUUGGAGUUCUAUUAAUGUUACUAUACUGCACAAUAUCUGGACUGGCAGGGGUAUACACUGAAUAUAUUCUCAAGCGACAGUUCAAGGUUUCUCUGCAUCUACAGAACUCAUUGUUAUACACAUAUGGUGUGGUUCUCAAUUUCUGGGCGUUUAUUAUUAACGACAGCAUCCAAAAUAAUACACACGAGACUGUUUCUGGUUCUGGUUUAGGUGACUUCUUCACUGGAUAUUCAAUGUGGACUUUUCUCAUUAUUAUAACUCAGGCUAUGAAUGGCUUGAUCAUGUCAGCUGUAAUGAAACACGCUAGUAACAUAACAAGACUCAUCAUCAUCGCCUGUGCUAUGGUCGUUACAACCAUCCUGUCAGUAUUGGUAUUCUCUUUACAGCUUAACAUUUACUUUAUACUUGCCUUUGCCCUGGUCAUUGUUGCUUUGAAGCUAUACCAUCACUAGUAAGUCAGAAACCAACCUUUUAUGUUGCCAACGAGAUAGACCCAUUCUCCUGGAGCGUAAUGUCCAACUUCAUUCUAUUGAACAGUAUUUCCUUAUUCUACAAAUACACUUGAGGAGAUGCAUUGUAAGUAGCUAAAAAUGGGGCUGAAAUAGUUCUACAUAGGGAGAAACUGCUACGAGAUAUCUUAUUGGAUAUUGAGAUGAUGACGUCAGAUACUAAGAAUUUUCCGCUCAGGCGAUGACGUCACAGAUACUAGGGGGUUAAUCCCUCAGGUAUAAUAAGGUCACUCAGGUUAAUGUUAAUCUGAUUGGUUACAAAGAUGAUGACUUGAUGAAGUCACUAUUGCUAUCGUUUACUAUCAGGAGAAUCACGUCACAUGAUCAAGUUGAUAUCGGGGCUUUAGACGAUGAGGGACUUCCAGUUUUAUCAAAUUAUUAUUUAUCACUAUCAAUAAUAUUGGGGGAAAUUUUGAGUAUUCAUUUUAUAUUUAAUGCAUCCAUUAUUUCGCUGCCUUACUACUCUUCCCAGUAGACCGAGGUAGUUGUGAUUUUUUAAUCGCCUUCGUAGCGUCUGUUAUGUU